CCGAACAGCUUUCGUUGCGCGCGCGCAUCACACCGCCCGAUACUGAUCCGCGCUUUUGAAUUACGAACGUUAUGCCAAUUUGCGCGCGACCAUAUAAAAGUUCCUACCGAUUAAAAGUGAACUGUGAAACCAGAUUGUGUUAUUAAGGCUGACAAAGAUAAUGAAAGUUCUGAUAUUGUGGACGUAGAGUGGACAUGUAUGUUGUGGUCGAAUGAGACUUUAGAGGAACGGAGUCGGCAGCAGCAGGCGGUGGGCACAAUGAGUGCGCCACUGAAUUGGCACAAAUGGCUAGUGUUGUCGCUGCUCGGAUUGGCUUUGUCCGCUUGGCCAAUUGGCUGCGAUUAUAGUUCCAUCACCGAUGAAUUUGGAACGGAAGCUGUCGCGAGAUGCAAUGAGAAAUGCCCAUUUCAGAAUCGAACGGGCGAUGGUCACUUCGAUGUUAGUUGCGGUUCCGAUUGCAGUGUGCAGCAGUGUAAAAUAGGAUGCAGCAUUUGGAAACUGGGCCUUAUCGAUUCGUGUCAAGCAGUAUGCAAUGUGACUUCAGAGACUGUUUUCUCAAGAGAAUUAUACUGUGUGAUGGGAUGCAAUGAAGCUCUUAAUACCUACUUUCAGAAGUUAAGAGACUUGAUUGGAACACCAAAUGCACCAGCUCUUGUAGCGGACAGUUUGACAGCUACCUCAUUAUCACUGUUCUGGGAAGCGCCUAACUUAGGAAAUAUCAAUUAUUUAGUGCAAUGGCGGUAUGAAGAACUGCCAGGCACUUGGCAAUAUUAUUCUAAUAUCAGUCAUUCUAACAGAUCUAUUAUUUACGUGGAAAAUCUUCAGCCAUACACCAAAUAUAGAUUCCGAGUAGCCAUAUUUCUCUCAGGCCGUGGAGGUACCGGGGAGCCAGUGAAUUCAGCACCUUCGGUAGUUAUCUCUACUCUAGAAAGCGGCAAACCUAGCUCAACUCCCGUAGCAUUGCGAGCUGCAGCACCGGAUCCAACGCGUGUUGCGAUUUCUUGGGAACCAGGGCAGUUUCCUAACGGCCCGCUGAUAUCUUAUGUCCUUAGACUGACUGACACGCAACCCAAUACUAUUGACGCUUUAGAGGAAAUGCCAGCCUCCAACAAUACGCUGUUUUACAUGUUCCAAAACCUAGCUCCUGCAAGGGAGUAUGAAGUAUCAGUAGCAAUGAGAAACGCAGUCGGCGUAGGACCAGAAUCUUAUGUAAAAAUCUCAACUCCGCCUUUACCAAUAUCCGUACCUAGUCAACAACCUAUUUUAAUUCUGGGGGGAGAACAAAAUGUGUUGGCAGCGGCCGCCAAUGAUAUGCUUUCUGAUCCCGUCGAGCUUUACAGCACUGAACAUAAAAUCACUGGAGUUGGUCUCGAUGUGAGCAGUGACUCACUCUUUGUUUCCGUUUCGAAUCGUUACGUAUAUCGCAGCAGUUUAUCAAAAAAGAGCUCUUCAGAAGCCAUUCUCACUCCACACAACAUAUCUUACCAGCCUUUGGAUUUAUCUGUCGAUUGGCUAAAUCGUCACUUGUAUGUUCUCGGACAAGUAUAUUACAGAAGAGACGAUGGAAAUUCAAGUGUAACGUAUCCGAAUUGGGAAAUACUACGAUACGAUUUUGAUGGGAAAAAUCAGGUUGUGGCGUUAUCGGGUUACUUCCAUUCUCGACCUAUUCAUUUUGAAGUGGACGCCUAUAACGGAUACUUGUUUUGGGCUCUUCGUGGUUCCGAUCGCGGUGGAGGCGGUUUAUACAGAUUAGACCUCGCAAAUAUUUCAAAUGGUGUUCGGCACGAUGCCCCUCCAGAACUCAUCGUUAGAGACCCUCAUCUUGGUGCUUUUACCGUAGACCAUGCCGACUUCAGAUUACUUAUAGUACAUGUGUUAAAUAACACAGUGCUCUCCGUAUCCUUAGACGGCCGUGAAGUCACAGAUUUCAGGAGAAAUACACAAAAACCAAUGUUUCAGUCGACACGAUCGAUAGCUUUUGCAGGAGGACUUUUUUAUUGGACAAACGGAAGAGAAAUGUUAACGGAAGAAUACCACGCUCAAAGCGACAGUUAUUUUCAUAACGAGUAUCCACUUCCUAAAACAAGAAUAGUCGAUACCAGUCAAGUAUUAGUCGCGAUUAAAAGUUGCCAGCCAAUUCCUGUCCCUGUAAAUCCGCCGAUAGGAGUACAAAGUGUUAUGGGUGUGGAUCGUGCAAAAGUGUCCUGGUCUCCUCCUCAUCUCUUAGGUCAUCAAGGAACUGGCGCUUGGCAGCAAUGGACAUUUCAUCUCCAAUUAACACAUCAAGCCCGGGGAGAAACAAUAGAUAUCAAAAACAUUAAUGAGUCAAGUUAUACUGUCAACAAUCUAGAACAUGAUACUGUUUACACCGUAAGGGUAGCAGCCGUCACUAAAUCGGAUUCAGGUCCAUGGUCCUCACAAUUUGUGGGAAAGACUUUGGCUUCCACAGCUACAACUAGAAGCAGCACAUUAGUUUGGUCCGGACCUGAUGGACUAUUGCAAACUGAUUUGACGGGAGAAAAUGUAAAAACAUUGAUUGACAGUAUGGAUUUAAAAAAUGUUUACAUAACUGACAUUUCUUGGUAUCGUGACAAGCUUUAUUUAGUAACCAACGUUUCCACCGUGAUGUGGUUCAACAUCACCUCGUUAGAAAAGGGAAUGAUGUCAAAUAUGGAAAACGUAGGCAGUUUGGCAGUAGAUUGGGUUGGCAAGAAAAUCUAUUGGUCUAAUCCUAAACAACAACUGAUAACACGAGGAAAUUUUGAUGGAAGCAAUCGUGAACCCGUGCCUAUAGUGACUGUGGCAAAAGAAUUGACAAUAGAUUCUUUAGGUGCGUACAUCUACUGGAAUACAGGUCAUGCUGUUGAAGCUGCGCGAUUGAAUGGCGAGAACAAAAUGGUCUACUUUCCUGCACAAUUAUUCAGUGGAAAACAAGUUAUGGGACUUACCACAGAUUUAGAGAACAAAUGGUUGUACUGGAUGGUUAGAAGUUAUGAUGGUUCAGAGUUACACAGAGCACCAACAGCCGAUCAAAUUUCCCAUGGCAUUUAUGAGAUAUCCGGUUCGCUAGUGAAAAGUUUACAAGGCACAGCAACAUUAGGUCCCUUAUGCUACUUUAGCGGGCGCCUCGUUUGGAUUCAGGACGCAUCCCGGGCAGUGGUCUCAGAUUUAGCGGGUCAAUAUACAGCAGAUUUAGUCCCUAGAGUGCACAACGUUGCGGUUAGAAAUCCCGCUCUUCACGACAACAGUGAAUCUCUCAUAGCUAUACCCGAGAUGAUUAACUCCUCUUCUAUAAUAGUAGUCGGCAUGUGGAACGAUUUCAAUGUAACAUGGGCUCCAGCAACGCGAGUGAAUAUUAACGACAGUCGGGUUUAUUAUGACGUCAGCUUGCAUUUUCAUGGGCAAUAUAAGAUCGAAAGAACUGUGGAUGCACCUUGGGUGGAAGUACAAGAGCGUACAGUGGCACCUUAUAGCACUAUGGACGUAACGGUACGAGCGCACACGCAUUGGGGAGGUGGAGCGGCGGCACGUGCACAGCUUCGUUCACCUCAGGCUGUGCCUUCUGCACCUCGUAAACCGAGGGUUUAUAUGCAGCAUGUGCAAAGUGACGGUCCGCUAACAGCUAUAUUUCGAUGGGAGCCACCAUCUAACCCGAAUGGAAUCACGCGAGGCUACGAAGUCCAGUGCUGGUCACAACCUGUUAAAGAAAAAAUGCGAGAUCCCGUAAAGUCGUCUGCAUGCGCUGACGCCCGUUUAUCUCCGACGCAUACGCAGCUCAUGCUUCGAGAUCUUGUCAACGGUUCUAUUUAUUAUUUCCGAGUUCGCGCUUACACUGACGCAGGAUAUGGUCAAUAUUCACUGACAGUAUCGUCCUCUUCCGAUGAUGUGAAUCCCAUACCAAAAGUCAUGAUGUCAUCGCAAGAAUCUAUAAAAAUUAUCGAUCUGGACUCAGGGGAAAGCGAAAUUAUACCAAAAAGCACUGGCAUACCGAUAGAUUUUACGGUUUCUAUAGAGGAGAAUAUUGUGUAUUGGAUUAACAAUUUAGAGGAAAUCUUUUCAUCCAGGAUGAACGGCACUGGGAACUAUAAGCUGGUAUCUGUAACAGAUUCAGCGACGAGCAUAUGCGUAGACUGGGUUGGGCGAUCAGUGUAUUGGACGCAAUUGGAAAUGUCAUCAAUAGAGUCAUUCGUAGCUUACAGAGCCGAUUUAAGUGUACCGAACACAUCUCCUCAAACUAGAAAAAUAUUUGCUAGACGACAACCGAUCUACAGUUUACAAAUCGCACCACUGCAACGUUCUUUAUAUUGGUAUGAGGCAAGCAUACAUCCAGAACUCGGCAAUUUAGUAACAUCAAAAAUAGACGGUUCGAACAUAAGAAACUUCUUUAACCAUACCACAGACCACGAUUCACGAGAAGAAUGCAAUUGUCCUGAAAACCCUCAAGUAGCAAGACCGUUUGUUAUUGAUAUGACGACUCAAAAUUAUCAACUUUUCUGGGUAGAUCCUUGGGUCAAACAAAUUAUAGCAGCCGAUAUGGAUGGCUGUAGAUGUAGAGUAGUAGGAAACACGACGGGAAAGUACGGGUUCAUACCCACGUCGAUAACAGUAGAUAGCAAAUACAUUUACUGGUUCAAUUCCACAGAAAGAAUAAUUUAUUACACAAACAAAAACAACGUUAGCAAGGUGGAACAAGUAAAAGUGUCACACGGGUACAAAAUAGUGGCACUGGACCCAAGAAAUCAGAUGUAUCCGCCGAGACAUUGUUUAUAUCCCGAAACACAGAACCUUCUGCCUCAAAUGUUGUCUACCUCAGCGAACAGUAUUACCUUACAAUUGCCUCACGUUGGCAAACCCAAAGCCUGUGAAGCAUUGGAGUAUGAAAUGCCAGCAACAAAAUUUACAGUUUUCUAUAACAAAUCUCAAGAUAAAGACUCAACCGGGUGCGACAGAGCAUCAUGUAAUUUUGUUACGACUACUAAUACACAAGUAGUCUUAAAAGAAUUGAAACCAUUUACAAAUUAUACCGUUGUAGUUGAAGCAACCAAUUACUAUGCAAAACUUCACGAAAUCCAUCCUAUUGUUGGGCCUGCUUUCGUGUUACAUACAGCUUCAGAAGCACCAAAAGCUCCAAAAGACGUAAAGUUCACUGUGCUAAGUCCAGUGUUAGCUCGUAUUGAAUGGACACCAGAGCAUGGAUUGUGGUAUGAAUUACACUGGAGAACUGACGAUACUCCUUCACAACUACAUAAAUUCAAAGAACACAACACGUUUGAAGUAACAGAGGGCAGAAUCGCAAAUAUGACCCGUCUUUCUCCUAGUACACUGUACACAGUUUGGGUGCGAGCACGGUCUAACUACAGUACUGUGUGGGCCGAUUCUAAAUCACUAACUCUUCGUACUUAUCCGUUGCCCGCCCCGCUUGCGCUUAAAAAUGUCACAGCGUAUUCAAUUCAACUGUAUUGGCCGCCACCUACGUCGUAUCACUUACAUCAAUAUCUAUUGGAGUACAGCAGCGAUGCUGACGUACGAGCAUUAAAUGAGAACUGGAAGCAUUGCGUUCACAACGGUAGAGGAGAAUGGACGGCAAGUAAUCUGAAUCCAAAGACUAUAUAUCGCUUUCGCCUACGUCUGCAGUACGUAAGCAAAGCUCCAUUUUUCUUCUGGCCACAUGAUGAUCGUUUCGUUUAUGAAACCCAAGGAGAUACACCAGCGGCUCCAGGGCAAUUACGAGUAGAAGCCGUUGGUGAUAGAGUGUUGCGUGUGUGGUGGACAGAACCGGAUAGUCGAGGUGCUCCCAUUGAGGAAUACAGAGUUUGGGGGCGACUUAGACAAAAAACAACAAAUCAUAAUGCGACCAAAAACAUGAGCAAUUUAAUGACAGCAGAGUUCCUAGCAGACGUGGACAGGGAGUCGAAAAUUAUUAUGGUACGUGAAGGUCUAGAACUUCUGCAUAACGGAUCAGAAGCGUAUUGGUUAAUUGGUGCUGGCGAUGUAUCGGAAGGAUACGUUGCAAGAGUGCAAGCGAGAAACAGUUACGGCUGGAGCCGGCUGUCUCCAGCAGCAGAAUUGGACGCUGCUCCACUGGCAUACGCUGCGGCACCUCACCCUGCAGCGUUGGUUGUUGCUGUUGCAGCUUUAGCCGCACUUGUUUUGUGUGUUGCCGCUGCUGUGUUCUACACGUACAAUAAUCGUACUAAAAAGAAGGCGGCAGAAGAAAGUCAAUCUACAGCAAAUCUGCCAAGACGAGGUCCUGAUGUAGAACUAGCUACUUUACGACAACUCCCAAUUAGACAUUCCACUAAUAUACUUUAUAACCAGGGAGUGCAUUGUCCAUCGGAUGCCGAACUGGCGAGUCUACCGCAUAUUCGACGCGAGCAAAUAACACUGACAAAAUUCCUCGGUUCUGGUGCUUUUGGGGAAGUAUUUGAAGGUGUCGCUCGACAGAUUAACGGAACCACAAUUGAAACAAAAGUUGCUGUGAAGACCUUAAGGAAAGGAGCCACGGAACAAGAAAAGGCUGAGUUUUUGAAGGAAGCUGCACUGAUGUCAAACUUCAAACACGAACACAUUUUAAGACUACUUGGAGUGUGCUUGGAUAACGACCCAAAUUAUAUUAUCAUGGAACUCAUGGAAGGCGGAGACUUGCUUAGCUACUUGAGAGCCAAACGCGCUUCCCUAUAUACUCCUGAGUCGCUAACGUUACUGGACUUGCUAAACAUGUGCGUAGAUGUAACCAAAGGAUGUCGGUAUUUGGAAGAAAUGCAUUUCGUACACAGAGACUUGGCGUGCCGCAAUUGUUUGGUCGCGCACCGUGCUAACGGAAGAGUUGUUAAAAUUGGAGAUUUUGGAUUAGCAAGAGAUAUUUACAAAAACGAUUACUAUAGGAAAGAAGGAGAAGGAUUGUUACCAGUUCGGUGGAUGGCAGUAGAAUGUUUAGUAGACGGGGUUUUCUCAUGUCAAUCUGAUGUAUGGGCUUGGGGAGUACUCUGUUGGGAGGUAUUGUCUUUAGGUCAGCAACCAUAUCCAGCGAGAACAAAUCGUCAAGUUCUUGCUUAUGUACGGGCUGGAGGCACACCUGAUCGACCUCCUAACUGCCCAUCCGUUUUUUACGAGUUGCUUCAAAAAUGUUGGAGUUACUCUCCAGAAGGUCGGCCAUCAUUCCGACAUUGUCUAGAAGUGGUGACUGCUCUGAAAGACAAGACGUCACCUAACAUUACGUUGACUGCGACGCCAACGCCAGCACCGCACUAUCUAACUUUAUUAGGAGACGACGCUGUCGACAACCGCACCUACCUGCUGGACGAGAAUGACAACACCUGCGUAGACGAGGACUACCCAGAACAACAAAUGGAGCCGUCGCAACUCCUCCCGCAAAGGACGCCAAAAUACUUAGAACUAAUGUACGACAGUGACUCUGGCGCUGGGACUGUUUACGACGGUUACGAGAUCCCCAGAGCACCUAUGACGUAUUUGCCAUUCUCUAGACACAGUAUUAUAGGUGUCGCUCCAAACAGACUGAUCAAGCCACCGAUAUACCGUACCCAUUCAUUGAGAACCCACACACGUCCACCAAACGCAACUAUAAUCCCUCUACGAAACGGGAUAAUGAAACGUGCAUCUCUCUGCGAAGGAAUUCAGUCCUCUUUCGUACAAGAGCCACGGCCCACCUCGUCUCGAGAAAAAACCCUCGACACGGACUUCGACAAACACACUUUCAAGACUCCAUUUUGAACUGUGAUAUUGAUAGUUAGACUUUUUACCUAUUUGUACAUUACUCCACCGAUCUUCAAGUCUUUUUACACGCGAGUUAUUUAUUUUAUUAGAUAGAUAGAUGUAAAUAUAUGAUCAUGUACAUAUUAUUUAAGUAAUAGGGAGAAAUGUAUUUUGUAUCUGUGAAUCAGGGUUGUUGCUGUCGCAGGUGUUUUAUAUAUGAGCGGAUGCUGAUUGUAUGUAUUUAAAAAUAACAAUCUCAGUAUAGAGUACUAAAAAAACAACCUCAAAAGUUCGUGGAACUACAUGUAUUUGCCAACUUUUAUUGAAACCGGUUACCGGAAAGUAU